AUCAGUGGCCCUAAGAUUAUAUCUCAAAUCUUAAGGAUGAUGACUUAUCUAACAUUUCUUAAUUUCUCGCAAGUGUACAUUUGAUAUGAUUGAAAGGGAAGAAAAUAGUGUCGGUAUCUCCGCGGCCUACGCUGAGCCACACGUCCAAAAGUGUUUUGCCAUUACACGAAACUGGAUACAGUUCAGUGAAUUACAGGACAUAUUCGGGUCGGGUCGGGUCGGGUCGAGUUGCAAAACUGGUAAGAAAACGACUGAAGUGAGGAUAAAAUGGAAGUUCUCCCGGUCGUUUGAGGGUAUUAAGGUAAAUGUACAGGCGCAACAAAUUUUUGGUUUUUUUUACCCUUUGAACUGCUUUUACUUGGCCGGUCAUCUCCUUUCACGCCGCCCAUUUUUCUUGUUUUUUUACCUUUGCUUAUGGAACUUCUCGCCGGCGACUGUCGGAAACGAGUCGGCGAUGAUUUUGCCGAUGAUGUUGACCCGUUCGAUGGCUCCGAUGGUGGAGGAUGCCACUGGAUGUACGGUACCGGUCAAUCGGGGUCACUGAGAGCUCAAGGAAACGACGACGCUUUGGCUACACUCGCAGACUUGGCUUCGCCUCCUCAGAAACUGAAACCCAUCAGGUGUGGCGUCCUUAAGCCCCCGUCGGAGGAUCGACAUCCUCUGGAUAUUCUCGCCGGAACCCUAGACAGGCUGCCGGAGAUGGGGUUUCUUGGAGACGGCUGUUUCGAGGCUCCGUUGGGAUCGAAGAUUGCUGACGUGGAGGAAAGUGGUCAAUUGACGCGUGGGUUUGCAAAAGAUGAUGUGGAAAUGGAGUUUCAAGGUCGUGUCUCCAGACAUCGCACCUCUUGGGAUGGUGUGUCUCUGAGCUCGUCUCUUGAUAGCGAUGAUAGCGACUCUUCCCCAGGCGUUCGCAAGGCUCUCACGGGUAAAAGAAAGCGGAAAACGCGGGAAAAGCUGGAGCAUUUCUUGGAUAAGCUGGUGGGGAGUAUGAUGAAGCGGCAAGAGAAGAUGCAUAACCAGUUGAUAAGGGUGAUGGAGAAGAUGGAAGGCGAGAGAAUACGCCGUGAGGAUGCUUGGAGACAACAGGAAAUCGAGAGGAUGAAACAGAGUGAAGAGGCACGGAAGCAAGAGAUGUCUCGCAGCUUGUCUCUCAUCUCUUUCAUCAAAAGUGUUAUGGGUGAAGAGAUCGAGAUCCCUAGUGCCUCUGAUCCCCUUCCACAACCUCAGAAUCUCCCCGCACAAUGUAAAGACGAGAAAUGUGAAUCCGCUCAGACAAAAGGAGAGGCAAAGUUUGUGUAUUCAAGCGGAAGAAGGUGGCCGCACGAGGAAGUGCAUGCGUUGAUAGCUAGCAGAAGCCAAGUGGAAGAGAAGACAAAGAUUCACAAGGGUGUGCUAUGGGACGAGAUAUCAGCACAAAUGAAGGAAAGAGGUUACCAACGAUCUGCUAAGAAGUGUAAGGAGAAAUGGGAGAACAUGAACAAGUACUACAAGAGGGUGAUGGGAGGUGGGAAGAAACAGCCUGAGCACAGCAAGACCCGCUCAUACUUUGAGAAACUAGGAAAUUUGUACAAGACCAACUCAGGUAGUGCAGACCACUCCGGAGAGAAGGAUGAAUGAAGGAUCUUGUAACGGCUAUGGGAGGCGAGACGGAUCCUCGGUUCCAUCGACUGUGGCUGACACGUUGUGGAGGUUGUGAGGUCUGCAAUUACAAAUGCCGACACUUGCCAAAUUUUAGUUUUAUUCCAAGUAUUCUUUUCUCUCUCUCUCCCUCAUCUUCUUCUUUUUCUUACAAAUGCUUCUAAAUCACGAGCAUUGGUUUAUUUAUAUAUAUAUCUCACAAACCCAAAGUAGUGUAAUUUGAAGACGGAUAUGGAACGUGGAGGCUUCCAUGGCUACCGCAAGUUCUCCCUCAACACCACCACUCCUGAUGAACC